GAAGUUGGGCUGAAUGAAUCCGGUGCCCCUGGGUGCUGAGGGAGGGGGCUGCUCCCCCCCGGGGAGCGGAGUCCCCCCACCACUCCCCUUCCCUCUGCAGUGGGGUGCCUUAGAAACCGGAAUCUGAAAACGCAUCUCGCUCACUAAGACACAAGGAUCAUUUCAAAUAUUCAUUGUAUCAGCAAAUCUCAUCAUAAUCAGAUUAAAGCAAGGUUUGAGGGGCAAUUGCCUGUGUGGCUGGGUGCGAAACACCGGCUGGACUACAAAGAAAUCGGAAAACGGGUUCCUCUCCUGUGUCCUGGUCGCGGGGCGGGGGAGGGAAUGAAAAGUAGCAAUUUUUGCGAGAAACACUUUAAAAAGCUGUGAUUCUCCAUUCCACCCUGGAUAGCACAUUCCUCUUGGAGGUUGUUUGCCUUUAAACUUUACGCUUGAUAUUUCUAUAUGAUGGUCUUAUUUAUUGGUUUGUUUUGAACUCCAGAUAGAAACAAUUCCUGCUGUGGAAUACACUGAGGUAGAUUUUCUUCACACUAGUUUGCUUUCAGCUUGUCUCAGCUGAGAGAACAGCUUUUCUACAUUCAAGCUUUAAAAUGUAUAUUUCAUUGAGUUGUCUGGGGUGAAAUGUUUAUAUCUAUUUUGUGGAAGUGAGGGAGGAACCGAGUGCAUUUUCAGGUCUGCGAGAUAGACGCAGGCCCUUUCCCUUUUGAAAGUUUAGACCUCCAAUACCCUCAAUUCUACUGGCAGAAUUAGGAUGGACUUGGAGGGUCCUAAACGUGACCAUUCACUAAGGCGGGGGGCUACGGCUUGCAACAACGUGCUCGGCAACUUAAUCUUACGCUAAAAAGAGCAGAGAGGGAAAAAGCAUGGAAUACAAACUCUGCCGACAUUUGUAGUCGCUUCCAAGGUGGACCGUGCAUUUUACAGCUGAUGGGAACGUGUGUGUUUCGGAGCAAAACGGAGAGAAGAUGGUCUCUAGCGAGCCGUUGCUGCUGCCUGUGUCACUGGAGGGCGAGUUCUCCAAUAGCAUGAAGGAGAUGAUCGGCGGCUGCUGCGUGUGCUCCGACGAGAGGGGCUGGGCCGAGAACCCGCUUGUCUACUGCGACGGGCACGGCUGCAAUGUCGCAGUGCAUCAAGCUUGCUAUGGAAUUGUUCAAGUACCCACUGGACCUUGGUUUUGCAGGAAGUGUGAAUCUCAGGAAAGAGCAGCCAGAGUGAGAUGUGAAUUAUGCCCUCAUAAGGAUGGUGCUUUAAAGAGAACAGAUAAUGGGGGUUGGGCUCAUGUGGUUUGUGCUCUGUACAUUCCCGAGGUGCAGUUUGCAAAUGUUUCUACAAUGGAACCUAUCGUGUUGCAGUCUGUUCCUCAUGAUCGUUAUAAUAAGACAUGCUAUAUUUGUGAUGAACAAGGCAGAGAAAGUAAAGCAGCCACUGGUGCUUGUAUGACGUGUAAUAAACAUGGAUGUCGACAAGCUUUUCAUGUAACGUGUGCGCAGUUUGCAGGACUUCUUUGUGAAGAAGAAGGCAAUGGUGCAGAUAAUGUCCAGUACUGUGGCUACUGUAAAUACCAUUUUAGUAAACUGAAAAAGAGCAAACGGGGAUCUAAUAGGUCAUAUGAUCAAAGUUUAAGUGAUUCUUCCUCUCACUCUCAGGAUAAACAUCAUGAGAAGGAGAAAAAAAAAUAUAAAGAGAAAGAUAAACACAAGCAAAAAUAUAAGAAGCAGUCGGAGUCCUCACCAUCCUUGGUUCCAUCUCUUACUGUAACUACAGAGAAAACAUACACAAGCACUAGCAACAACUCCAUGUCAGGCUCCUUGAAGCGGUUGGAAGAUACUACAGCUCGAUUUACAAAUGCAAAUUUCCAGGAAGUUUCUACACACGUUUCAAGUGGAAAAGAUUCUUCAGAGGCCAGAGGGUCAGAAAGCAAAGGGAAGAAAUCUGCAGGUCACAGCUCAGGUCAGAGGGGAAGAAAGCCUGGUGCUGGAAGAAAUCCAGGAACAACUGUGACUGCAGCCAGCCCUUUUCAGCAAGGAAGCUUUUUGGGCACUCCUGGGAGCAUCAAGUCAUCUUCUGGAAGUUCAGUUCAGUCUCCCCAGGACUUCUUGAGUUUUGCAGACACAGAUCUGCGAAGUGACAGUUUCACGCAUUCUCAACAGGCUUCGUCAACCAAAGAUGUACAUAAAGGAGAGACUGGGAGUCAAGAGGGGGGUGUCAAUUGUUUCACUUCCUUAAUUGGUCUCCCUUCAUCAUCAGCUGUUUCCCAGUCGAAAAACUUUGACAGCUCACCCGGAGACAUAGGUAAUUCAAGCCUUACUUCUGCAGCAUACAAACGAUCUCAAACUUCUGGAAUAGAAGAAGAAACUGUAACAGAGAAGAAACGGAAAGGAAAUAAGCAAAGUAAACAUGGGCCUGGUAGACCCAAAGGAAAUAAAAGUCAAGAAAGUCUUUCCCAUCUUUCAGUUUCUUCUGCUUCCCCAACUUCAUCUGUGGCAUCUGCUGCAGGAAGCGUGACGAGCUCUGGUCUUCAAAAAUCUCCAACUUUGCUCAGGAAUGGAAGUUUACAAAGUCUUAGUGUUGGCUCAUCUCCAGUGGGUUCAGGUAUUUUUAGCAGCAAUGAUGUAGCAGUAUCAUUUCCAAAUGCAGUAUCUGGCUCAGGAUCUAGCACUCCCGUUUCCAGUUCUCAUUUACCUCAGCAGGCUUCAGGCCACUUGCAGCAAGUGGGAGCUCUAUCACCUUCAACUGCGCCUUCUAUAACUACUGUUGUUGCUGCAACUCAGGCAAACACCCUACCUGGAUCUUCUCUCAGCUUGCCCCCACCCCACAUGUACGGCAAUAGGCUCAAUCCCAGCUCGGCAAUGGCAGCACUUAUAGCUCAGUCUGAGAACAGCCAAGCAGAUCAAGAUCUUGGAGAUAACAGCCGCAGCCUUGUUGGCAGAGGAGGGUCACCCAGAGGAAGCCUCUCACCACGAUCCCCUGUAAGCAGCUUGCAGAUUCGCUAUGAUCAAUCAGGGAACAGUUGUGGGGAAAAUUUGCCGCCAGUAGCCGCCAGCAUCGAACAGCUUCUGGAGAGGCAGUGGAGUGAAGGACAGCAGUUUUUGUUAGAGCAAGGCACCCCUAGUGACAUUUUAGGAAUGCUUAAAUCAUUACACCAACUUCAGGUUGAAAAUAGGCGGUUAGAAGAACAGAUAAAGAAUCUGACUGCCAAAAAGGAGCGUCUUCAGCUACUCAAUGCACAGCUUUCGGUGCCCUUUCCAACGAUAACUUCAAAUCCCAGCCCUUCCCAUCAAGUGCACAGCUUUCCAGUACAAGCAGCACCUAGCACUGAUUCCUUGAACAGCAGUAAAAGCCCUCAUCUGGGAAACAGUUUUUUACCGGACAAUUCGCUUCCUGUAUUAAAUCAGGAGAUAACCUCCAGCGGACAAAGCACCAGCAGUUCAUCAGCUCUUUCCACUCCACCACCUGCUGGGCAGAGUCCAGCUCAGCAAGGCUCGGGAGUCACGGGAGUUCAACAGGUCAAUGGUGUGACAGUGGGGGCACUCGCUAGUGGUAUGCAGACUGUAACCUCCACCAUUCCUGCAGUGCCUGGUGUGGGUGGAAUAAUUGGAGCGCUGCCAGCCAGCCAGCUGGCAAUCAAUGGGAUUGUAGGGGCUUUAAAUGGGGUAAUUCAGACCCCAGCAACAAUAUCACAGAACCCUUCUCCUCUCACUCAUGCAACCGUGCCACCCAAUGCAACGCAUCCUCUGCCAACCACCUUAAAUAACAGUGCCUCGGGACUAGGAUUACUUCCUGACCAACAGAGACAACUUCUGCUCCAUCAACAGCACCAGCAAUUUCAGCAAUUACUAAGUACCCAGCAACUCACAUCAGAACAACAUCAGGCCCUUUUGUAUCAAUUAGUACAGCAACAGCAUCACCACCACCAACACCAUCAGUCUGAAGUACAGCAGCUGCAGAUCACUGGAGGAGCACAGAUACCCAUCAACAACUUACUUUCAGGCACGCAGGCCUCACCACUUAAUCCAGCUGCUACCAACCCAUUCCUUACAAUUCAUGGAGAUAACGCAGCUCAGAAGGUGACAUAUUUUCUCUUACACAGAGGCUCAAUGAUAAAACUGGACCAGUUGCGUCAGAGAAGAGUUGACGUUUGAAUGAUAGUUGAGAACUGCAUGUCCUGCUGUUAUAGCACUUCCUCUGGCUGCAAACUGCAGUUUGCCUUUCUGCGGAUUGAAGAAAUGCAACAAGGAACACUUACUGCACAGCAAAAGGGUGAUUAAUUUUAAUAAGGAUAUUUUUUGGUAGGCUUUCCUUUGCUUUCUUGUUGCACUAAAAUGGAUGUACUUUUUAAUGUUUCAGACUGUGAAGUAGAUAAAACUCUGCAAACCGUAAUGAUGUCAGUAUGAUGGUACAAAGUACAAAUUCAACCAUAGAAAAACAUACAAUUGACUCUUCAGUCCUGAUCUUAUAAAUGUAAAGGGUAGAGAAGUGUCUGCAGUCCUGCAGAACUCUGGUUUCAGAGCAGUAGUUUCACAGCCCAACCCAAGCCAGUCUGAUCUGCUGCUGCAGUUGCAAUGUAUCUGUUUAGACUCAGCUUGUCAUGGCAGCCUGGACUUGCUUCUUGUCAUUUCGUUUUACACACCUCUUUUGAAACCUGACUCAUAAGGGAAUCCACUUCUGGACUUUUUAUUCCUUUAAAUUCCUGUUGUUAUAUAGUGGGAGCUUUUACUCAGUAAAAAUUACAGUAUGGAAUCCAAAGUUUAUUAAUUUUGGUGUAGGUUUUAGAGUUCUGAGGUUUUUAAAGGAACCGGUUUGGUUCCAGUGACAGUUUUCUUACCAGAUGAGGCCACACUGGAAGAAGUACGUGUAGUGUUUGGCCAAAACCAAGUGCCUGUUGCUACCUCCACUUUGUUGAAACGGCUGCAAACAGCGGAUGAUGCACUAGACUGCCCUUGCUAGCAGAGGGAAUAUUCUGUGUUGCACCAGCAGCCUUGUUCUGCCUUUACUAGAGGUGUUUAUACCACUGUAGAUAGCUCAGGCAGAUUGUUACCUGGGUCACUUUCGCUAAUAAAUUACCAAAAAACGGAGUUAAUAAUAUUUCCCACUAAAAUUUACCAGUGGUUGAAACGGGUGAACUUGUGUCACACCACUUCCAACAGCAGCUGAUUUCAUGGCGUGAGUCUAUGCAGUACGGUAAAGGACAGGUAAAUGGGGGCAAUGACCACUAAUCAAUAGUAAGGUGGGAAUUAUUAGAGGAAAAGACCCAGCUGUAAUUAGACCUCCACUGUGUACUUAUUUGGAAGAACAUGUUAUUUCUGCAAUAUGUUUCUUAGUUAAACAUUGCACAGUUCUUACCUCAUUUCUGUAAAUAAAGUUUUGUGAAUCUGUUUUGUAUUGUGAAGAAUUCACAAGAAAACAUUGAUAUUUUGAUUUGUAAUAUUUCUAAUUAGUAGAUUUAAUUGAAAAAGUAAAAAUAAUUUAUUUUUAUAUGUCCUGGGGAAUUUUUUUAAAAUGUCACAAAUCACUUUUGUAGAUACUUUACAAAAGCAAUCCAGUGGUUUAUUUUACUUACUCAACCCACUGGUGGAUAUUCUGUAACAAUUUGUACAAAAGGUAAGAUGGAAAUGUGCUGUUAUUUUCACUAGAUGUAAAAUUCCAAGUGUAUGAAAAGAUAUGUACAAAGCUUUUGUUAAUAAACUUUAAUAAUGUUUAUGGUUGUA